AUGCAUUCUCCAGCCAACGGACGCAACAUGGUCCACGUCCAUUCCUACAUGAAGAAGUUCGACUGUCUCAAUGACUAUGCAAGGCAUGACUGGAUGGAGCUCGCUUCCGAGCUUAUCCCAGUGAUGCAUUGGACGCGGCUUCACGGGGUGUCUCACACGGUUCGCCACGAAGUGAUCGAUAAUGAUCUCGCUUCUCCACCCUGGGAGUUCAAAGGGAAGUCCUUGCGCCAGGUGAGGUCAGAGCUGCGUAGGCAGGGCCCGAAGUUUAUGAAGGCUGCAGAGUCUGUGGAGUAUGUAUGGCCUGAGUCCCGCGCGUUUACAUCGGCCACCGCAAUCGUGAGGGUCUCUUCGGAACUCGCAGACUGGGGUCCAACACAUAUCGUAGCGACGCUCGAGGGGGAUACGUAUCCCGUGUCUCAAGUCAUCUUCGCGGCUUACUGGGCCUACUGGCGCCUUCCUCCUCCCGCUAUGCGCUACACGCCAACCGCAGAUGGUUCAAGUUCUAUGGCGGAGCUACAAGUCUGCUCAUCGGCCAACUGUCCCCCGUAUUAUUCCAGGGCCUUCAAGCAAGUGAACAGGUUCCUGAUGUCCCAAGACGUCCAGGACUUAGGUCUACUACCCUUUUAUUCCCUCAUGAAAGACCUCCGGACGACGAGGCACGAUGAAUCGAUCUACAAGAGCCCGCUGUAUCUCGACGUGGUAUUGAGGCACUUGAGGAAGUAUUGCAUCUCCAGCGACGGAUUACUGCGAGAGUAUAUGCAGCAUGUAUACUCUGUAUGGCGGAUAGUGGAGGACUGUGGCCUGCAUGCUGAAUCGUGUGUUUGGGACGCUUUGGAAACCGUCUGGCGCGCGGGUAUGCAAGUCAUGAUGGAACGCAAACUGGAGCACGAACAUCGCAAAGGGUCGAUGGUCAAGGGUUAG